UGGAAGCCAAACUACUUUACCUAUUGCCUGAAUGUCGAUAUUUGUCAAAGGUUUGAUUUAAUUUCUUUUCAUCUGUAAAGAAAUAUAAUAUUGCUUCGUUUGUGUUAGAUUUAUAAUAAUUUUUGUUUUCUAAAGCCAUAAGUUAUUUACUUUAGAGACGAACGAAGGACUUAUUUGCUUUCUCUAAACUUGCUAACCUAGCUAGCGGCAAACAAACCUGUCAGGAUGACUUCCGGUUGCAAUACCGAAGUUUUAGGACAGAUCAAACAGUUUUGGUCCAUGCUUGACGACCUAAGUGAGAAUGACCCUGCAGCUUACCGUAAACUUACCGAAGAUUUGAAGACAGGAGGUAAACAGAGGCUGCAACCAGUGCUCCACUCCACUGUGUGCACCCAAAUACUGGAACCACAAACAGGCUUGCUGUACAUUAACAUAUGCAGCUGGGAAACUGUGCCUGAGCAUCAGGAUCUGAACGGUCCACUCCCAAUGUGUGCAGGAAGACUGGAAACGGGGACAAAAGAAGGUCAAGGCUGGUAUGCUGUCCUGGAUGUGGCAUUUAAUCCUGCAGCACUACGGGGGACGAAGGAUGUACCAGACAUUAACAAGGUGUACACUGUGGCCCUGAGCUUUGCCCAGCAGCGGCAUGGAAUGCGGUUAUCUCAGGAGUACACUGUUGUCAGCUGCAGCCCCAAGAGUCGCUCAGAUGAUUUGCACCGUCGACUGGGGUUACGAAUGCAGUCCAACCUCCCCAAACAGCCAGAAACAGCCUGCCAAAAUCCAGCUGCCCUUCUUAAGCAGAUCUACUCUCUCCAAUCAGAGAAGCGUGACGAGAACUCCACAACCCAAAUUCCUUUCGGAUAUGAGGAGUGCAAAAAAAAGGAUCUGAUCCAAGUAGUUUCCUCCACUAUUGUGGAGCCUGAGAGGCCCGAGUACCACCUCGGGGUGAAGAGUGAUGCAGCAGGAGUUCCCCGCAGCGUGGAGCUGACUGUGGAGCUGCCAAAGGUGCGCUCCGUGUCAGAGUGCCAGCUGAGUGUGUCCCAGGAGGACGUCCUUCUGCAAGUGGAGGAUGUGUAUUAUUUGCUUCUGGAUUUGCCCGAGAAGGCAAACGAAGACACGGCUUCAGCAAUCUUCAACAAGAAGACAAGGAGGCUCACAAUGAAAGCGGAUCUUCUCUUAAGAGAAAAGAAGUGAUUUUCCUCCAUCGCCUACCUCCUCCUUCACUGUGCCAAACUCUGGGUCAAGGGCCUUAAAGUGGUAUCUGAAAUUGCCUUGUCUGUCCACGGCAGCCUUGAAGUCCCGAAGUGUCACUUCACCCAGCCUGUAAGCAGGCGCUGUCAGUCAAAAUCUUUGCAUUCAUACACCCACACAUGCCUUUCUAACAUAAACAGUGAGCCGCUGAGGAGCAUCAGAGCUCUGGCUUCGCCUCAACCCAUCUCUAACCCAGACAGCUUUUUUUUUUUUGUUUAGAAAUGAUCCAUUUAGUAGACAAGAAAUAAACAUAAACACGGCAACAUAAACCCACCAUUAAGUGUAAUUUUAUUUUCACCUUUUCGGGAUGUUAAUCAGGAAUGGAGUGAGUGAGCGGUCUGUGAAGUAGAGCACUUUAGUGGAAACAGCCGCGUCUAAUCCCGGGCUGCUGUGGGAGUGCGCCAUUUCUGGAAAUACAACAACGAGGUGAAGAAAAAAAAAAA